AUGAGUUCGCUAAAGUACAUUGAGAACAGCAUCAACUCCAACAUUAGAGUUGACGGAAGAACCCUGUCGACGUACAGAACCAUCGAAAUAAAUAAAAACAUUUUGGUAUCAGCAGAUGGAAGUAGCAGCGUUAUGAAUGAAGAGAACAAUGUAAUUUGCGGCAUCAAGCUAUCCCUUUUAACCCCCAGCUUGGACGCGCCGGACGAAGGGGUUAUCAAUCUGCAGAUAGACUGCCCCGCAUCGGUAGUUGCAAAUAGAAUAAAAAAAGAUCAUUUACAAAUUAUGUCGUCAAUUAUUUACGACUUAUGCUUAAAGAACAAUAUUGACCGGAAAAAAAUGUGCAUUUUGCCAUCCACGUUUGUUUGGGGAGUUGACAUAAACGUUAUGGUUUUAAAUGCCGGAGGGGGACUGCUGGACAUCAUCAGCAUGGCCAUCUAUGUAGCUCUCAAGGAUACCGUCGUCCCCGUUGUGAAACCCAAAAAGAAAAUCGACGAAUCGAACACCUUUCACCAUACAAAAUGUGCAGACUACCAAGUCGAAAUUGUUGAAAAUCAAAAAACGAAUUUUCCAUACGAAAAUGUACCCAUAUGUGUCUCCAUAGGAGAAAUAAACAACAAAUAUGUGUACGAUAUGUCUAAGGUGGAAGAAGAGUUAGUUGAAAAUAUUUUCGUCGUCGCCGUUACUUCAAGUGGGAAGUGUGUAGCAUUUCACAAGUUAUAUGGCAUAUCUAUGGAGAUCGCUUCGAUACUAAAUAUGACGGAAAAUUCCUCCAGAAUUUCGCAUCACCUUUUUGAGAAAAUUAAUGAGGCAAUUGCGAAAAUAGAAACUAGAAGUGUCCUUGUCUAGGGUGCACAAAAAGGAUGGUAACGUUUGUUCGGGAGUUGUUAUGCCUCGCUCCGGUUGGGUGUAACCAUCGUUAAUCCGCAGAGCCAAGAUUUGCACACACGAAAUGGCUAGCUACACAGCGCUCCGCAUUUUAGCCCACUCACGUUUACCAAGUUGGUCUCAUUCGUUGUGAGAUUCGCCGUUUGGCUAGCACCUUUUGAUUUUUUUAAAUCACCGUUUAUAGAAAAAGUGGUGAUAAAAAAAAAAUUCUUCUAAAAAAAAAAAGUUCUUCUAAUAAAAUAGCUGUAAAAAAAAUACUUCCAAAAAAAUAGCUGUAAAAAAAAUACUUCCAAAAAAAUAGCUGUAAAAAAAAUGCUUCCAAAAAAAUAGCUGUAAAAAAAAUUCUUCUACAAAAAUGUUGUAAAAAAAUAGCUAGUCUCCCUCGAAGAGAGAGCUCGCCACACAUUUUACCUGAACAGCAGCGCACAUACGUUGACCGUUGUUCUCACCGUGCAUACAUUAAACUAUCAAACGUAUGAACGAGUCAGAAAAUAGCUGCACUUUUUUACCGGGAGCUAGCCAGCUAGCCAUAAAUAUGCAACGCAAAACAGGAAAAAAAAAAAUAUGCAGCCAAACGUAAAAAUCAACAUGUGCGAAAUGUUUCAUCUUUUGAAAGUUACAUCACAAAUGUAUAUUUAGCACACAAUUUAAAAAGAACAUGACUAAGAAAAUUGAUGCAGCCGGAAGUAUCACUUAAAAGAUAUGUAUCUAUUUGUUUCUCACGCACGUAAUUAUAAAUUUAAUUUACUCUCAUGUGAGAAAUGCUUCUCAGUUUUAAUCUUGUUUCAUUUGCAACCCGUGCACACAUAGGUACACGUGGCGUGUCUAUGCAUUUGUAUCUCUUCU